GGUUUCUGAUAAUGGCCGACGACACUUGUAAUAGCCAUGGUGAUGAGUUAUCAGACCGAUUACAGGCCUUCUCCCUGUCUGAUUGGGAAGCGAAAGUAGUUGAUAUUGCGCAAGAUGAUAUUAAACUCAGCGAUGAUGAAUGUCGAAGGAGUCUAUUUGGAAAGGUAAUUGGGGAUCGUCCAGCUAGCUGGAUUGGAAUUAGACGUGCAAUGUCACAAAUAUGGAAGCUAAAUCAACCCAUGGAGGUUAAGGAUCUCAGUCCUAACUAUUUCCAAUUCAUAUUUCAAGAUGUUGAAGACAAAAAGCGUGUCUCUGCUGGUAACAAUUGGAGCUUCGAAAACCAAUACCUGAUCCUUAGGGAAUGGUCUAAUGGUAUCUCCAGUAAACAUCAAAGUUUCAGAGAGCUAACUCUAUGGGUGCAAAUUCAUAAUAUUCCCUUAAAUUGGGUUAGCUCGGAGGUGGGGUUCAAGAUUGGUAGAGCUUUUAAGAGCCUCAAGAAUGUUGUAGUUGCGUCUAUUGGCAAUCAUGGAGGGAAACUGCUGCGGUUACUGGUUACUUUGGAUAUUGAUGAGCCCAUUCCCAGAGUUCUGCACAUCCGAUUGGGGGACCAAAUAGCUAAUGUUAUGUUCAAAUAUGAAAAGCUGUUGAAUCUCUGCCAUUACUGUGGGAAGAUAGGCCAUUUAGACCGUAAUUGUGCUAGGAAAAUGGAGGAUGUUGCUAACAGUUCUAUGAAGGACAGACAAUAUGGUGAUUGGUUGAAGGCGGCUGAUGGUCAAAGGUGGUCGGCUGGAAAUUUCUCGGAUACAAGAUCCUCUCCUCCAAGAGAGUCUCCUUCAAUGGCUGAAAAUACCACUGCAGCUCAAGAUAUCUCAUCAAGCAUCCCUUCUAGCAGUAAUCAGAUUGCUCAAAGCCAUAAUGUCACAAUCUCUCUAGCUAAAUCAGUUGUAGCUACUUCUCUCAUCUCAGCUACUCAAUCACUGCAUAAGAAAGCUGACAUCAUAGAGAACAACCUUCAAAUUGUUGAGUCUAUAGGUAUGGAAGUAGAGAAAGUUACCUCAAUUGUAGCAUCCGCUCCUCUGCAGGAAUUGCAAAUGGCCCCCUAUAUCCCUCCUCUUAAAACAUGGAAAAGAGUGGGUAGUAGCAAGGGAAGAUUGCAGAGAGCUUCUAAGCCAAUAACUCAUAAUGAUAAUUUAUGGAAGGGGAACAGAGCUAGAGAGGACAGUAUCACAGAAGAACCAUCAACUGAUGCUCUUCCAAUUACUCAGUUGGGUUUUGAUAAUAGAUUAGCUUUGGUAGAUCCAGUUGGUCUUAGUGGUGGAUUGGUUCUUUGUUGGGAUUCUAAUGUUAUUAUUCAUAAUAUCAAGUGUAGGGAUUUCUAUAUAGUUGUUCUCUUUCAGAUUAACUCAGAUGCCCCUCAAUGGGGAGUUUUUGUUUAUUGUAACCCUUGUAGAGUAAUCAGAGGGAACCAAUGGGAGGAGUUAAUUAUUGACAAGCAAUCUUGGGGUCACAUUUGGUUCUCUCUGGGGGAUUGGAAUGAUAUUAUUUCUGCUAGUGAAAAGGAAGGAGGCCUCUCCAGAAAUGAAAAUAGCUUUCUUGGCUUCCGGAACUUCAUCAAUGCCAUGGAGAUGUCAGAGAUUAAAUUUGAAGGAUAUCCUUUCACUUGGUGCAACAACCGAGCAGCUCCUAACCUGGUGGAGGAGAAGAUGGACAGAGCUUUUUGCUCUUUUGAUUGGUCUCAGCUUUUCCCUAUUGUAACUGUGCACAAUGUCAUCCGAAGUUCUUCAGACCACUCAGUUCUUCUUCUUGAUAUGGGGCUUAAAAGACAAAGAAGGAAAUCUUCUUUCCAUUUUGACAAAAGAUGGUUACAUAAAGAGGGCUUUUCUGAGGUGGUGACAAGAGCUUGGCAAAUUCCUGUGGAAGGCACUCCUUUCUUCCAAAUUAAGGAGAAAAUAAAAAAUACCAGGAUAGCUUUGCUCAUUUGGAGUUCCACAUUUCAAUCUCAGCACCAACAACAAAUGGCAGAACUUACUAAUAAGUUGGAGACUCUGAAUGAAGUUAAAACUGGAGACAAGUGGGAAGAAUGGAUCAAUACUAGGAGGGAGUUGAAUAAAGCUCAUUUCCAGGAGGAGCUCUACUGGCAACAAAAGGCUAAGCACAAGUGGCUAAGGGAAGGAGAUGCUAACACCCAUUUUUUUCAUGCAUAUACCCUACAAAGAAGAAAGCUCAAUGCCAUUACAAGAUUAGUCUCCUCUCAGGGUACUGUGUUUUCAUCUCAGAAGGAAAUUGAAACUCAUAUAUCUGAUUUCUACAGAUCCCUAUUUUCUACUGAGGGCAGCUGGGGAGGUGACACUUUACUCCCUCUCAUUACUCCAU